AGCUCCCGCCGCCGCGCGCCAUGGCUGCUAAGGAGGACCUGUACAGCAGAUUCACUCCCAGGAGGAACCGGCAGACCCGGGCGGGGACGGUCAAGCGCGGCUCCUCGCUGGACGUCCUGCUCUCCAUGGGGUUCCCCAAAGCCAGAGCACAGAAAGCCCUGGCAUCCACGGGGGGCCGAAGUGUGCAAGCCGCGUGUGACUGGCUGUUUUCCCACGUCUGUGAUCCUUUCCUCGAUGACUCCCUGCCUCGGGAAUAUGUCCUCUACCUGCGUCCCACCGGCCCUUUAGCGCAGAAGCUUUCCGAAUUCUGGCAGCAGUCAAAGCAGCUGUGUGGGAAGAACAAAGCACAUAACAUCUUCCCCCACAUCACGCUCUGCCAGUUCUUCAUGUGUGAGGACAGCAAGGCCGACGCUCUGGGCGAAGCUCUGCAUGCCACGGUGACACGGUGGAGGUGCAAGUUCCCAGCUCCUUUGCCCCUGGAGCUCUACACCUCCUCAAACUUCAUCGGGCUUUUCGUCAAAGAGGACAGUGCCGAGGUCCUCAAAAAGUUUGCUGCCGACUUUGCCGCAGAAGCCAAUUCUAAGGCUGAUGUCCACGUGGAACCCCAUAAGAAGCAGCUCCAUGUGACCUUGGCUUACCACUUCCAAGCGGGUCACUUGCCCACACUUGAAAAGUUGGCUCAGAGCAUAGACAUCAAGCUGGGUUGCGACUGGGUGGCUUCCAUAUUCUCCCGCGAUAUUAGAUUUGCUAACCACGAGACCCUGCAGGUGAUCUACCCAUACACCCCACAGAAUGAUGAUGAACUUGAGCUUGUUCCAGGAGAUUUUAUCUUCAUGUCGCCUGUGGAGCAAAUCACUACCAGUGAAGGCUGGAUUUAUGGUACUUCUCUUGCAACCGGAUGCUCUGGGCUACUGCCUGAGAAUUACAUCACCAAAGCAGAUGAGUGUGGCACUUGGGUGUUCCACGGGUCUUAUUCUAUUUUGAAUGCCACUUCCCCGUCUUUGAUGUUCACUGAUGGGGUGAUGGAUCGAAGACUGCAGGAAGAUCAGGGACCGUGCGAUGCCGGGCCUCUCACUAUCUUUUGUCAGAGUAUGCAGCCCCUACGGAUUGCAAACACACCUGGGCCUCAGAAGAGAUGUCUCUUCGUUUGUCGCCAUGGAGAAAGGAUGGAUGUCGUCUUUGGAAAAUACUGGCUAUCACAAUGUUUUGAUGCCAAAGGAAGAUAUGGACGAACAAACCUGAAUAUGCCUCACAGCCUACCUCAACGCAUUGGUGGUUUUAGGGACUAUGAGAAAGAUGCCCCCAUCACAGUCUUUGGAUGCACACAAGCAAGACUUGUUGGUGAGGCCCUCCUCGAGAGCAACACCAUCAUCCACCACAUCUACUGCUCCCCAUCCCUGCGCUGCGUACAGACGGCACACUAUAUUUUGAAAGGCUUGCAACAAGAAAGUAACCUAAAGAUUCGAGUCGAGCCGGGGUUGUUUGAAUGGACUAAGUGGGUCCCUGGGAAUUCCCUGCCUGCCUGGAUACCUCCGGUGGACUUAGCAGCGGCAAAUUUUAGUGUAGAUACAACAUAUAGACCUCAUAUACCAGUGAGCAAAUUAGGCAUCUCUGAGUCAUAUGAUACAUACAUCAGCAGAAGUUACCAAGUAACAAAAGAGAUUUUAAGUGAAUGUAAAUCCAAAGGAAAUAACAUUUUGCUAGUGGCCCAUGCUUCCUCUCUUGAGGCUUGUACCUGCCAGCUACAAGGACUGUCUCCUCAGAAUGCCAAGGACUUUGUGCAGAUGGUCCGAAAGAUUCCAUACCUGGGGUUUUGUUGCUGUGAAGAACUUGGAGACACGGGCCUGUGGCAGCUUACUGACCCACCCAUCCUUCCUCUCACUCAUGGACCGACCAGCGGCUUUAACUGGAGAGAAACUUUGCUACAAGAAUAAUGCAAAAGGAAAGGGGAACCACUGAAGAGAGAGCCUUUCUGAAGACUGGAGAAUGUCUUAUGCAUUGGAACUGAAGCAAAAUACUGACACAGGAGAAAGUUAUUCAUAAACCUUUAAAUGGAUUCAAAAAUAACACUCUAGCAUAUCAGAGUGAAUUCGGUGCGUCUAGAAAAAUAGGUCAAUUUAGACAAAUGCUUGGAUUGUGGACAAAUAUACAUGUAUUCAAACACUGUCUCUCUCUUCAGGCUUCUGUCUGGCAGAAAUUUCUUUGUGAUGUAAGCUACUGAGCUUUAACGUACAUUUUUUUAAAAUCUUGAAUUAAGCUGCAGGGAGGAGAUCCAGUUUUCACUGCCUUCUGUGUAAUGUUAGUGGCAAUUAGGACUGUGCUCUGAAUUGUGCACUUUUGUUGCUUGUUUCGUUUCUCAUUUUUGGCCUUUGCAAAUUUCAUUAUGGACCUUUGCAGCUUUGUUCUGAGCCAUUUGGGAUGGAGUUCACUUCCACCCCCUUUUUGCUACAUUGUUCACGCGUUCCACAGGAUCCCUCUCCCCAAAACACAAUGGUGUAGAAGUGAGCACCUUCCCCGGUCCAAAAGACUAAUCUAGGAUCAUGUGCCUAGUUUACUUCCACUAUCAGAACCUUGAAAAUAGAUUUUAAAUCUUUGAAAUGAGCAGAAGGGAACUUGAUGGGAACCAAAAUAUGAGCAGGAAGGGCUUGUUCACCCAUCAUGUUGAACUCAUAUCACUUUGUUGUGCUCAGCAACGUUGCUGCCCCUGAACGAGCAUCAAAAGCCGGGUGUUUUCCGGUCAUUUGGACGGUUGUCUGUGGUGUUCCGUCUGCAGCGGCACACCUGCCAUGCAAAGCAUCCUUUGGGACCUUGAUCCACAAACCAUGGCCAUGCAGAACAGUAUUAAAUGCCUACCUCAUUGGUAGUGUCCACUGCAUUGGUGUGCCCCUUGAUAGUUUUGGCCCCUGGCAACUACUCAGCCCUAACAAGUACUAGUAUCAGCUGUGCAUAGUAAUUCUUCCCAUGAUUUUUGAUUCCUUCUGAGUGGACCAUUUGGGCCAUCGCUGUUAAGCACAUGCCUUUGCCCCAUGACUUGCAAGAUGAUUCUCCCUUUCUGAAAUAGACCAAAAUCCUGGGGUUUCGUUUUGGGUCGUUUAUGCUUCCAGCCACUGCCAUGCCUCUCCAAAUACAGGCAACCAGUUUAAAAUGAUGGCCACUAUUUGCUGAAAGUGCAUUUGCUCAGGUUUCUCUGCCAGGAGGGCUCCACCAAUGGAAGGUCCUUCUGGUCUCUUUCACCACUCAGUAGAGUUCUCCAACACGUUGUGCAGCAUUUUCAGGGUGCUCUGUGGUUGCCCUCAGGGCAGGAGGAAGUCCACCUCCACCAGGCCAGCGACCUGCUCCUCCAAAUCUGGAUCCAAGCCUCUGUUGGUACAGUAGGCAUCAAGAAUUUCUAAUGUAAGCAAACAUUCUUAGAAAGCGAAUCUAGCAGAAGGACCAUGGAUGAAUCUGUGUCAGUCACCAAAGCACAAUGGACCCAGAGAAUGUUGAUCUGAAUGAUGGUUCAGAAAAUUAGAAUCAGGGUGAGUAGAAGUAUCCAGGUAAGUGUGGAUGCUGUUUAAUACAUAGGAUCGUGUGCCCAUGGACUGCUCAUGCCACCAAUAACCUGCCCUGGGCACGCUUUGAGAAUGCUUUCCCAGUGCAUGCCUGGCCACCCUUUUGAUUUCCCACAUUGUUCCUGGUGCAGGUCUGAACCAAGAGAUGGAACGAAAUUAAAAGGGUGACUCCUAGACUCUCACUCAGGGCUGCCUAGCAGAGUUUGGGAUCACUGCUGCCAGGUAUUGGCCCAUGGAAGGCAGUAAAGGGGCAGAAAUGGCCCCAGCAACAGGCCUCUUGAUGAUAGUACUUGCAAACCCAGAUUUGGGCCUGGAUUAUAAUUGCAUUAUAAUUGCACCCAAGAAAGCAUCCCGUGAUCUUUGAGGAGCAUCCAGACUAUGGGAACCAGAUGCCCUGUUACAGUGAAGCACUCACUGUACAGUGAGCCAACCCAGAAGACACAAAUCCAGUUCAGAAAUGGCACAGCACAUGGGUAGCAGAGGUUUGGAUGGUGGAAGUCCUUCUCUAUUUCACUGUGCCCCUGUAGAAGCAACUAUCUUAAGCAUUUUAGCCUGCACUGAGACCAAGAUUUGUUGGCCAAAUUAUAUGCUGUAGAAAUAACUAAUAUCUUUGCAUGUUGGUACCAAAAUAUACAUUAUUAAUUCAGAUAGCCUAAGGAUUUAGCCCUUGCCAUUGAUUGCAUGUGAGACCAAAUAUUGCAAGACUUUCCACUAGAUACAAAAUAAGAUCUUUUUUGUAUGUGCCUGGUCUGUAGAUGUCUUAACAUUCUUUCAAAUAUCUUUAAACUGACCCCAAACAGGACAAGAUAUGGCCUUCUAGGAGAGAUUCUGUAUCAAACAAGUAAAGAGAGAAAAACAAGAUGGCAGCCAGGUCCACUGCUGAUUCUUCUAUGCAAACCAUCAGAAAAACGUUCAGAUGCAGGUCUACUAGCAUCUAGUCCUCCGGGCACUUGUUUACAAGUUUGGCACGUGAGGAAGUCAGCUUUUUACAAUUAGACCUAAUACUCCCUGAUGACUCAACAUGGCCCCAUUCUAAAGACCAGCUACCAUGAUCCUUUACAUUAGGGCUGCAGAAUCUGGCUUUCAGGAGUUCUCUAGAUGGCCACACAUCCCUUCUGGCCCUGCUCCCCUUUUCCCUGUCAGCGAUCAUUAGGUGGUUUCCUGGCAGUUGUUCCUCAAUCCAAACCACCAGAAUCCACAGCUAUGGCUUAUUUAAUGACUAAAAGAGCAUUAAGGUGCAAUCCUAUACACAUGCGUAGGAUUGCGCCCUUAAAUUACAAUAUGCUGGGGCUUCGGCCCUGCUUUCCUUGCCGUUUUGCCACUGGAAUGCAGCCACGAGAGCUGCUCCCAAAUGGAACUGGCCCUUGGGCUGAACGCUGUGUAACAACACCACUGCACACAAAAGGAGCUUGCCUUUCAGCCUUAUCAUGCCAGCCGUGCCCUUGUCCCUUCGUUCAGUCGUUCUCUGCAGGAUGAGGUUUACCUGAAAAGAAACAGAUGCCCAGUUCUAUGCUGAUUCAUGCUAUGGUCUGAGCAUAGAAUGGCAGAGCAAAAGAACACCACCAGUUGGAAUCCAUUUCUGUUCAGCUCUCAUUUAGUUGUACCUAGAGGAGGAUAUAGCCCUAAUAAGGAACUUUGAAGGGGUCCCAUAGGCAGUGAACUAAUGCAGAGUCAACAAAAUGCUUUUUGUGUGCAAUACGUAUGUUUACUUAAAUCAUAAUGUGUACAUUUUACAUGUGAAAGGUAGCAAGACAUUCUCAGAUGCAUUAUUUUUUACCAGGGAUGUAUAGUGAAAAUCAAGGAGAUGAAGGGAGGUGAUAGCAAGAAAGGGAAUUGCAGCAUUGUAUUUUGUAGUUGUUAUUGCUGCUGGUAUUUUUGGGAAUAUAUAUACACACACACACACACACACACACAUGUAUGCAUAUACAUAUAUGUAAUUUAAACUAUUUUUGACUAUGUACAGACAUUCUGAAAAUGAGUUAGUUUAUGGCUUUUCCAGGCCAGUUUUCUGUGGAAGAAUUUUAAUGAACUUUGAACAAUGAAUGACAAUCAAAACCAAAAUGUUGGUUACUGGUAUAUAUUUAAUGGGGGGGAGGGGUCCCAGAUGUGUGCGGGAGGGGUUGUUUUUGCACUGAUAGCUUGCAAGUUGAUAAUAUUUAAUGGCAUAUUCUACAGAGUAAGUACAAGCAGCAUUCCAGGCAGAGAAGAGUCAAAAUAUCUCACAACACUUUCAUCAGAGAAUAGCAGAAUUGGUAGGGGCCAGAAUGCCUUCAGGUCCAGCCCCCUGCUCAGUGCAGGACUCCCAAGUUAAACCAUCCCUCUUAGGUGGGUGUUCACCGAAUGGGAUAUUUGUUUCAGGUCCUUAUUCAAACAUCCGGUAUAACCUGAAUCAAGCCCAGAUGUAUGGAAUGAUUGGAUCGCUAUACAAUUUGCUCUGUUAGCUAUUUAGGUUGCAAGCAUGCGUGCACUUCCAUGGAAGUAAGUAUCACUGAAGGUGACAAAACAUGUGAAGGAAGAGUUUAAAGUCCUUGUUCUAGCCAGUGAAAGCAAAGGUAAGGGAGGAACAUAAUCUAAUUUUAAAAGUAUAUUUUUAGAUGUGCAGAUAUUUCUUUCAAAUGUUAGGUUUCUUUAAACACAAUGAAAAUGAACUUCCAGUAUUUUUGGAGUGGGCUAAGCAUUUGCAUUAAUGGAAUUGGUGCUAAGAAGGCAACAUAUACCUUCAAGUUGUUGAAACGCUUUACGAUACAGAGUGAAAAUUGUAUGCCAACUUUCAAGUUAUUAGAAUGUUGCUUUAAAGGAAGAAGAAAAUUGCUGCUUUCGUUUUGUGUUACUGCACAUCUUCCACAGUUUGUCACCUGAAAACAAUUGAUCCAAAUAAAAACUACGCAGUCUGAGUUUCUCACAGUA